AGGCGGGGCGCGGCGAGGCGAGGCGAGGCGAGGCGAGGCGGGGUAGGCGCUGCGCGGCGCGCGCUAAGCAAACGUAUGUACGUUGCGUCGACUCGAUGCGAAAAUUGCGCAGUUGUCGCGAGCGGGUGAUUUGGUGCGCACACUCCCGCGCGUUCCCUUUGUGUUAUUUUCGGGCGGAAUCGCCGUUCGAAGCUUUAAAUAGGACCGAGUUUCCGACGAACAAGACAGUUCUGAACGCAACCGGUUCUAUAUGUUGGAGCAUCGCAGAUUAUUCGCCAUGCCAUCCGAAUGCACUGCCAGCCCGUUGCAACGGGAACUAGCCGACUCUAUAAUACGUUUGCAACCGCUCGACGAGAUUCGUAUCCUGCUGGCAUGCGGGGCAAAGGCGAACGAGCCCGUCACUCAGGGUUUGAGGCCAUUGCAUUACGCGGUGUGGCAGAGGUACACGGAGGCGGCCCAGCUGUUGUUGGUGCGCGGCGCGGACAUAAACGCAACCGACGAGUGCGGAUACUCGGCGUUGCACCUUGCCGCCGAGCACGGUUACUUGGAUUUGGUAAAGCUGUUGCUCGAGCACGGUGCCAGAGUCGACCAUCGACAAGAAACCGGCGAGCUUUUUCCCAGGACGACGUUGUGCGACGAACCGCUGCGACUCGCCCUGAGAAACCGGCACGUCGACGUAGCUAGAAUAUUGCUGGAAGCUGGCGCGAAUCCGAAUAAAAGGUACUUUUUCGGAUCGGAGAUAAAUUUGGUUUCGCCGUUGGACCUGCAGUGUAUGGAACUGUUGUUGGCGUUUGGAGCUCAACCAAACACGAGAGAUCGCGCGGGACUCACGCCGUUGAUGAAAGCCGCGAGACUACCUCAGGGUAUAUCUUCUGUGUUGCUGUUACUGAGCUACGGUGCGGAUGUUAAUUCGAUGGCAGAUGCGAGACACGACUAUCGGACGGUUCUACAUUACGCGAUCCUCGGCGGAGAUCCGGCGGUGAUCGAGCUGCUUCUGAAGCAAGGCGCUCGCCUCGACCUCGGGGCCGACUAUCAAAAACCCACCGCUCUCGAUCUCGCUAUUUUGAAGGGGGAUCCUUCGAUCGUCCAAAUGCUCUUGAUGUCGGGAGCGGACGUGAACGCGACCUCGCCGAUCAUCGGUUCGCCUCUUCACGUCGCUUGCGCGGACAACAUUCCAAACAGACUCAAGAUCCUCUCGAUGCUGCUGGAACGAGGUGCGGAUCCCAACUUGGUGAUACGCAGCGACGAAGGCCCUGCGUUGCGUCCAGUGCUCGCCGAGUAUGUAGCUUCGAACGAGAACCCGUCGGUACAAGUGGUGGCUCUGUUGCUCAAAUACGGCGCACGAGUUGUCAUCAAGACGCAGUUCCGUGAUCCACACGGUAUACUAAACUCUCUGCAAAACACCGCGGACAAGCCAAGACUGCUCAAGGCGUUGCUGGAAGCAGCCGAAAGUUUCGACCCUUGUAUGAUACGAAGAUCGAGCAGUCUGACGGACGCACAGAAAGCGAUGGUCAUGGAAGCGGCGAGAACCCCCUUGCCCUUGACUCAUCAAGCCAGAUUAAUAGUCCGGAAGUUAUGCGGCACCAAGUUACCAAAAAUUGUUCGUAACCUUCAAUUACCUCAGUCGCUGCACCGUUACCUUCUUUACGAUUUUCAUUAACGAACAUUUUCAACGAAACAGGGACACGCAACAUUUUUUUAAACGUGUCCGUUCGCGGGAUCAACACCGUAACCACCGACUCACCCACCCACCCACCAGUUAUCUUAUCGCGUUAUUCUAUACAUAUUAUUAAACCGGUACUUUUCUACCUUUACUUACAACUAUCUCUACGCAUAGACACGCGUUCGUAUGGUCCAACUGUCCAACAGGUCUAAAUAAACCGACCAUUUCACUUUUCUUAUUAUUAUUAUUAUUAUUAUUAUUAAUGUCAGCCAGGAUAACAACAGAGAAAAAUCGGACCAACUUUUACCAUCUAUCUAUCUAUCUAUCUAUUGUCAGCCUCGAUUAUAAUACGUUGGCGCAUACCAACGGUACGAAAUUACAAUCACUGGUAUGCUGGUUCGCGAGAGUGACGUCGAUUCAUUCUCAACUAUCUCGUCUCACCCUACCUUAUUCUCUAUCCUCGAAAUAGCAGCCUCGAUACGGUGACCCGCGUCAAAUCAUUGCCAAUCAUUGUACACGUGAGGAAAUUGUAAAUACUUUGCGAGCACGUAUGUCGGUGCGGUUUCUUGCCCAUGCCAAUUUCGAAACAACAUUUUAUUCGACCUAAACAAUCACUCGAACAAUGUUCGAUCAGGUUCCUUCGAAUGCUUUAUACAGAUUUAUCGUAUCCAUCCGUACCCAUCCCGUUACGGAAACUGCAACCAAUGAAAGAUGCACAACCAACGAACAGAGUGGGAAAGAAUUUUAAAAAGAAUUUCUCUUUAAAUAAAAAUAACCUGCCUAACAUAAUGGUUAACCAAACGCCUGGCCAACUAUAAAUUUCAAUUCGUUUAUUAUAUGUAUAUAACAACAGAAACAAUUGGAAAUUCGCAGCCAUUAUCGUAGCUCGGUCUCACCCACGAAGAAUAACUUUUCUGGUAAUCGUGGCCGACACCGAUUACCAGCUCUCACCACGAGGAGGUAGCUGCGAGUGGAGAACCCGAAGCGAGAUAGAUGGAAGAAUCAAACUUCCCCAUCGAUCUCCCUUUUACAUUCUUACAAGCUAGAUUACUAAACUAGAAGGAACCAAUGUUCCUUCGAUCUUUUACUCGUACAAAGUAAUUAUUUCGUUUAAAAAUGGAUGAAGGUAAAUCGAGGGAGACGCGAUACGACGCGAUACGACGCGAUACGA